AAUGAAUCAAGGACAGCCGGAUAUAGCUCAAAGAGCAGCAAAAGCAUUAAUCGAGUCGUAUAAGAACCAGAGGAAGAAAUUUCGUCAUAAAAACAUCGCAAGCAGACUUCUGUAUAAAUAAGAGCAGGCUUAAGAAGUCCAAUUGGUCUUUGGCUAGGAAGAAGGCUAUUCACGUUAAGAAGAACGAAAUAAUCUCAGAAGCCAGGAACAACCUUAUUUACUUAAGGUGGAAAGACAAGAUAGAAUCAGUGAAGACCACCGAAUAUGAGAAUAUGAUUAAAGAUUUUACAACUUUGCCUCAGGUCCCUCUCCAGGAGAAAAUUAACUAUUAUUUCAGCUCAGAUUCUAAGAACACCUCUUUUGACCUCUCAAGAAGCUAUAGUAGAGAAGAAGGGCAUGAGUGUGAGAUUAAGGAGAACAAUUGGAAAUCCAUUGCCAGCCUUAUUCUGAAGCAAGAGAAGAAAUCAUUUAAAUAAGUCCAUUAAGUUGGUCAAUGAAUUCCAGCAGCAACUUUCUAAGAAGGGCAAUAGUUGGACGAGGCGAAGAGUCAAAAAUAAACGAAAUGACAGCAUUUCCACGAACAAAAGUUUUAAACUCAGCACCUUUGCAGGAGGUAGUAGCAUUCUUGACAGCAAAAAGUCAGUGGUCGACUACCGCAGACCAUCUAUGCUGAGUUUACUUAACGAGGAGGAGGAGAAGGAGUUGAGUGAGAAUUCAAUUUUCCCUCAUGAUUCUUUGGCAAAUAAAACUCUAAAAUUUAACGACAACGAGUCCGAACUGUACAGUAACAAAGAUAAAAGUUAUUUCAUGGUGAAGGCCAGAUGAAAACAAGAUUGGAGUGGAUGCUAUCCAGGAGGUUGAAGAAACAGGAUCAAGGCAGUCAAAGAGCUCCUCUAAAAUUAUUGAUAGCUCAGAUACGUUCAAAAUGUCAGAAGUUGACUCAGAAGAUUUCAAGGAUGAAGAUAGCCCAAGGCUAUUAUCACCCACUAAAUUUCGGAAGCAUUGUAAACAUAAAAAGAAGCAUCACAAAACUAGACAGAGCUUCAAGCACAAGAAGUGCAACCUGAGCUUCAAGUACAGCCAUGGUGGGAGUGACAUUAACGGUGUCUCUGGUAAAAGUCAGUCAUUCUGCUAUCAAAAUAGUUUCAAAAAAACUGCUCAAAGGAGCCAGUUUUCUGGGACGACUCUUCAGAAAAGUUCAGUUCAGGCUCCAAACAAAGAUUUGCUUAUUACAGCAUCUAAUAUGACCAAUAUGCAUCCCUAGUCCAAGGAAAAGCGUUAGCAAGUCCCCUCGUUUAGCUAUCUUCAAAGAGCAAAAUAGAGAAACCAUUUUAAAGUUUCAGAGUAAGGUCAGGGCAAUGGUCAAAGAAUGCCAGAGAAGAACCUUCCAAGCUAGGAAUCGGUCAAUCGAAUAUAAAAAAUCUCAAGUUGAUUCUUUGAUAAAGAUGAGAAAAAUCAAAGCCCGGAAUAACUCUCUAGGCACUAGAAAUACCUCAAACAGGCCCAAUCCUUAUAGAACAAGCAGCGAAGAAUGGAGGAAGCAGUUCCUGACAACUACAGGUUUUAGAAAGAAUAAGACACUUCUCGAGAAAAGAGAUUGAAGCCAUUUCCGAGAUUUACUAGACAUGAUCUCUCUUCCAAAAAUAGAGUUUGAAAAGCUGACGAAUGAGGGCCAAAAGAGACGAUUCUGUGUGGCUAGGCCAAUAAAAAGGUCUAUCACACAUAAUCGGGAGAAGAUUUUGAAGUUAACACAAGAUAUGAAGUCCAAGUGAAGCCCUGAGGUAAUUUACACUCCUUCAGUCAAGAAAAGAGGUAUGAAAUUUCGCAUGAAUCUGCGCACCUCAAUCACCUUGAAUGACUUUAUGUAGCCCAAAUAGUUGGAUUUUC